AUGAAGUUCGCCAAAGCCGCAACUAUAGCUUGCGCCGCCAGCGCCAAUGCUCUUGCGGUGCCCCAGUUUGGCCUGCCCAACUUGCAGAAUCUCCAGCACGUGAUGUCCUCCAACAUUGACUAUGUCUCUUCCCGUUAUUCCCAGGUGGUUUCGGCCUUGGACGAAAAGAAGGGCGACAUCUUUGCCAAGAUUGCCCAGUACGUAAACAACCCUGCGGAAGCGCUUCCUGCUGGGACCGCGCAAUUGUGGGCAGAAAUGUUCGCCAAGUUCCCUGAAACUGUGGGCCAAUUGAAGCUCAAGACAGCUCCGAAAAAGGCUACUCCAGGAAAGUCCCAGUUCGACUUCCAUGUGACCGACACCCGCUUCCCCAACCACAAGGUCCGUGCCAAGUCCACUCCCGAGGAUUUGGGCGUGGACUCGGUCAAGCAGUACACCGGUUAUUUGGAUGUGGAGGAUGAAGACAAGCACUUUUUCUUCUGGUUGUUUGAGUCGCGUAACGACCCCAAAAACGACCCCGUUAUUUUGUGGUUGAACGGUGGCCCUGGCUGCUCGUCCUUGACUGGUUUGUUCUUUGAGUUGGGUCCUGCUUCCAUCAGCAAGAGCUUGAAGCCUGUGCACAACCCAUACUCGUGGAACAACAAUGCCACGGUCAUUUUCUUGGACCAGCCUGUCAAUGUGGGCUACUCGUACUCCUCGGACUCUGUUACCAACACCGUCAAUGCCGGAAAGGACGUUUACGCCUUUUUGGAGUUGUUCUUCAAGCAAUUCCCCGAGUACAACCACCAGGACUUCCACAUUGCAGGCGAGUCCUACGGUGGCCACUACAUUCCUGUCUUCUCGUCUGAGAUCUUGAGCCACGAGGACCGCUCCUUCAACUUGACCUCGGUGAUGAUUGGAAAUGGCUUGACCGAUCCUUUGACUCAAUACGAGUACUACCAGCCUAUGGCUUGCGGCGAAGGUGGCGAGCCUUCUGUUUUGGAGCCAGAGGAAUGUGACAAUAUGGCCAGCUCCAUCCCACGGUGCUUGUCCUUGAUUGAGUCUUGCUACAACUCCGGUUCUGUCUGGUCAUGUGUCCCAGCAACCAUCUACUGUAACAAUGCGCAAAUGGGUCCUUACCAAAAGACUGGUCGUAACGUGUAUGACAUUAGAACCAUGUGUGAAGGCUCCAGCUUGUGCUACAAGGACUUGGAGUACAUUGACGAGUACUUGAACUUGCCAGAAGUCAAGGAAAAGUUGGGUGUGGAAGUGGAAGAGUACAAGUCGUGCAACUUUGAUGUCAACCGCAACUUCAUGUUUGCUGGUGACUGGAUGCAGCCUUACCACAAGAACGUCAUCGACUUGUUAGAAAAAGAUGUUCCUGUUCUUAUCUAUGCUGGAGACAAGGACUUUAUCUGUAACUGGUUGGGUAACCAGGCGUGGGCCGACAGAUUGCCAUGGUCCCACCACGAGAAGUUCGAGGCCCAGCCAAUCCGCAAAUGGACUGUCGGCAAGCACGCCGCCGGUGAGGUGAAGAACUAUAAGCAUUUCACAUUUUUGCGUGUGUUUGGCGCUGGCCACAUGGUGCCAUACGACCAGCCAGAAAACUCGUUGGAGAUGAUCAACAGAUGGGUUGGUGGUGACUUUGUGUACAACUAG